AUGAGCACAGGAAAGUAUACUAAUCACCAUUCACGGAUUUCGAAGAAAACUCGGCGGGUAAUUUUGCAUCAAACCAUCCGGGAGACUUCUUUCCCAGAUGAAGAAGAGGAUUAUUUAGAGAAAUUUAAAGAAUCAAUGAAAGUUGAAGGUAAUGGGGAGAAUGGUAAUGGUGAUUUGGAGGAAGUUGAUGCUCCGUUACCACAAGCUCCAUCACCCGAAGACGAUAUGUAUGGACCGACGGAGGAUUAUGAAGAGGUAACAAAAGAUGAUGUGACGGAAUCAUCAAACAGUAGUUCUUCAGGUGGUACUUCUUCCACAUCUUCCGAUUCAGAUGAUUCCGGUGACGGGUCUGAUUCAAGUGAAUCAGAGCUGGAAUCUGAACCAGGUGAUCUUGAGACACAAAUGAAACAAUCAAUAAAUAGCAUUAUUAAAUCUCCUCGUACGAAGAAAAAGUCGAUUACAACAGACGGGAAAAAAUCUAAUGGCAUAGCGGGACCUAUUUCUUUAGCCGCAUUAUUGGGAGAUGGCGCCGAAGAACAAGACCAAUAUGACAGCGGCUCGUCUGAUAAUUCAGAUUAA